AUGAACAACGACAUUAGGCCCAUGUCCCAGACCCCGACUGUUGUCAACAAUGAGGUUGACAUUCACCGGAACAGCUGGAGGGACUCACCGAAAUCAUCCAAAGGCCAUCUGGUCGUUGAGGUCGAUGCAGUCACCAAAGUAAAAGGAACGCUUCGCAACGCGGAUUACGAGAACGCAUACGAAGUUGGGCCCGAUGAUGGCAUCGAUUGGAAGCCUGGCUUCAAGCAUCGGUUUCCGUGGGUUGGCUUUGCUGGUCUGUUGACGGUUAUACUGGCCACGGCUAUGGCAGUCGCGAUUCUAGUCCAAUCAGAUCGUAAACGAGUCAAAGACUGGCCUAUCGAGAGAUUUCCUACCCAGCCCAAUGUACUUCUCAACAUUGCAAACCAAGUCCAGAAUCUCGGGUUGAUCACCCUAAUUGCUCAAGGUCUCGCUAUCGCUUGGUGGAGGAAGGCUCUUCGUGGGAGUUCGUUGAAGACACUACACCAGAACCACGCGUACUCUCACAGCUUUUACGCCAUCAUCACCUCGGGAAAGCACUUCAACCUCAUCGCGCUCGCCGCACUCAUGACCAAAUUCGCUAUCAUCGACAGUACGCUUUUCCAGAAGGCAACAAAGACAAUCAUUACCCAGCAGGUUGCUUAUGCCAAUGCCUCCAUGACCGGUUGGAUCGAGACAGAUUGGAUAUCAAACAGCGGCGGUGUACCCGGAGAUGAAGGCAAUAUCAAGACCAUUGACGCGGCAUGGGCAAGUGUUAUUGAUGCAUACAACGGGAAGAUCGCAAAUGGCAAGGUGCAUGACUCCCUUGAAGGCAACGCAUCCUUCUUCGGGUGCCCGUUCCGACAGGAAUGCAGCGGCGCUCUCAAGGGCUUGGGGUUUGCCUUCAAUUGCUCAACAUCAGUUGAAAUCGUAGACUACGGGCUCCAACGCCAGAGUCAGCAAGGCGGCAUUUUAGCAUCUUAUCCUUUGUGGGACAUUAGCUUCAACUCUUCCUGGGCCAGCGACACUAAGCCAUAUGCUAGCAUCUUGCUAGAUAUGCUAUAUGUUGACAGCCAUGCUAGCACAGCGAGCGGGUCGUGUCCUGGCACUAUAACUCGGCGGUCGUGUGAGAUCCGCCCUGCAGUUGUCCAGUAUCCAGUCACUGUCAUGAUGCCCAGCGAAGAGGAACUACGCGGCAAAAAUAUCGUCACCCAUAUCAAGUUCUUUGAUGACAAAACGUACUGGCCCAUUAGCUCCCCACUCAACGAGCACGAACAGAUCGAUUCCUUGAAAGUUCUGGAGUACGUCGACCUCGAUGAGCAUUUCGGCGAGACAUCGACAAUUGGCGCCCUAACCUACGUCAUGAACAAUCUCUACAGCUCUUCCGCCAAUCUAACAUACGAGAACGAUUGGGAUAUUGAAGCCCGCGGUGCAUCAGCGCAAACUACCUUCUUCGCGGACACGGACACGGAAGACUUUAGCCGCUGCUGGUACGACAUUGAUAAGGCCGGCAAAGACGACCCAGCCGUCGAACUACUUCGCAAAAUCAACACGCUCAGCUUCGUGGCCGGCCUAUACCUCAAGGGCGCCCCUGCCAUCGACGUCAAGAAACGCGCCGAAGCAGGCAUGUCAAGUCAAGCAAUACUAACCUCAGUCACCGGCAUCGUCGAAGAGUACGUUACCUCGUUCGCAUACGUUGCCGGCGCCCUCGCCGCAACCUUUAUCACUCUACUCCUCGUGCUGCCCGUCUAUUGGGGCUUCUGGCAACUCGGGCGCAAAGUGACGCUCGGCCCACUCGAAAUCUCCCACGCGUUCGGAGCGCCCAUCCUUGCGCCGGAGAGGACAAAAGCACACCAUGGUGAGUUUGACGUGGUGCUGGAGGAAGUUGGCCAUCGGCGUGUGCAGUACGGACAGCGUGUCGAUGCGCCGCCGGGACAUAUGGGUAUUGCUGAGCCGGAUAUGGUGACUAAGCCGCGUUCGAGCGAUAAGUGGAGGGUUGGUAGGUCGAAUACUACUCAGCAGAUUGGCAUUAGCGCGGCGGUUGGGGGCAUUAUUGCUGCUACUGUUGGAGGUCAUGCGAGGGCUUGA